GCGGGUCUCUGUUAUGGAAACUUGCGUCUUGAUACCUAGAGAAUUCUCCUUGGUCCUCACCAACGAUCAGUCGUCCUGCAAGAACCUCUUCAAGAAUGACUCGGGUACGCUGGUUACGGAUUUAAGAAUUUCGGUAUGGACGAAUGUGUUCAUCCCGUCGGGAACCCUCAUUUACCCGUUUCAAGGAUCAAUCAGAUUCGACAAGAUCGACCUUUACUCCCUCCUCGAUGACAAUGAUAUCAGACGCGAAUACGGCUGCUACGACGAGGUCUUCUUCUCCAACUACAAUCUUAACAAGCGUCAGUGCAAUUGGAUAAGGUUCCUCCGUAUUGUGCAGUCGUACGAUGAGCAAGUUAAUCUGAUCGGGACAAAGGUAAAAGGUGAGCCUAUAUUUGAAGUGAUAAAGGACGUUCAACCGGACACAGAACUGGUGGCUUGGUUCCUGCCGGCGACGCAGCAGGAUUUCGUUAUUAUCUCGCACGAUGUGUGCUCCAGAUCGGCUAUCUACAGGUGUACGAUCGACUCUAUCUUGGACGAAUCGCCGUUGGAUUUGUCGAUGACGUUACUCGCUCAUCAUUCGCUACCACCGAUAUCACAUUCUUAUUACGAAGUGGAUGAGUACGAAUCGACGUCGGAGGAAUCUUCAUCAUCAACGCUGUCAUUGGCCGGCGAUCACCUCGAUUGCAGCAUCUUGACGACGAUUAAGAGAGGAGAAAGGGUUUUAUUGCCCUGCGAAGUCUGCGGCAAAUCCUUCGAUCGGCCGUCGCUCCUGAAACGACAUAUGAGAACACACACAGGGGAGAAACCACAUGUCUGCAUGGUGUGCAACAAGGGUUUCUCAACCUCGAGCUCGCUCAACACGCAUAAGCGCAUCCACAGCGGCGAAAAACCUCAUCAGUGCCUUGUCUGCGGUAAGAAGUUCACAGCUUCGUCGAAUCUCUACUAUCAUCGGAUGACUCAUAUCAAGGAGAAACCGCACAAAUGUUCGCAAUGUUCGAAGUCAUUCCCGACACCAGGUGAUCUGAAGAGUCACAUGUACGUGCACAACGGGCUGUGGCCCUUUAGAUGUCACAUUUGCAGUCGUGGUUUCAGCAAGCCGACCAACUUGAAGAAUCACAUGCUGCUCCAUUUAGGUAGAUGCUCGAAUAAGAAGUACAUUAAAUCCAUUCCCGAUUUGUGACUGAAUGUCAACUCGUAACGGCUUCGUAAAAAAGUUUGAGAAUCGCUGGCGUAGACAUAUGUAAGUAUACGAAUAACGUGCCAUUAAAUCGGUCAAACAUGCGA